CUAGUCUUAGGUGAUGAUGUCAGUGUGCAUGCUAGGCUAAUUCAAAGCAUCUCUUCGCCAAUGAGUCACUCCGAGCUGAAGAUCAGAAGUCUCUUCUCUGUUCUUUUACUGUGUUUCAGAGGCAGAAUGUGAGCAGGUUCAAAAUGAAGACUGAUGCUCUGCUGUGAGAUGCUACCCAGUGUGCUGGAGUGAUAACCUGCAGAAUUCUGCUUGAAAGCAGGAAAGAACCUCUGGGGGAGGAAAACAGACAGCACUGUCACUUUUGUAUCGCUUCCCUUUUACCAGACACCAGGAAUAUAGCGUGGGAGUGCAAGUGCGUGCAUGUGUAACAAGAGAAGAGAGCCUUGUUAAAAAAGAUUCAAACAGAAGAGCCCAUCUACCACCUUGAUUUCCAGCACAACCCCCUUUUUCAGACAGAUGGACUGACAUGUGCUACAGAGUGCCGAUGAUGACCCAGUGCUGAAUUGAUGCUGCCGCCGCUGCUCCUGCUUUAUCUCCUUAAUCGUCUGGUCCACAGCUGAUUUUAGAACUGCACUGCCCUUUCUUAUUCCACUGAUCAGGCCAACAGCAGCAGAGUGGACAUGGGGUCCCUCAUUUGCAGCAUUGUGUUACUCUCUUUAAUUUUCCAAGGCAACUGUUUGGGAUCCAGAAGCCCACUGUCUGUUUUUAAAAGAUAUCAAGAGAAUUACUGGCCUCCCUCCAAUGAAUGUGCAAGAACCAGACGGUCGACUGUUUCUCCUGAUGCCCAGAAUUUUACUAUUAAUAUUGGGAUGCCAGGGGUUACUCCUGAAGCGUCUGACAGCUACUUCUGCAUAUCAGUUAGAGCACCGAGGGAGGACACGUAUAUAGUUGACUUUCAGCCUCACGCCAGCAUGAAUACUGUCCAUCACAUGUUACUCUAUGGUUGCAGAUCUCCCUUUUCCACUGAUAAUUACUGGGACUGUGGUGGUGUACAAGGAACCUGUCAAGAUACAGCUAACAUAAUGUAUGCGUGGGCGAGGGACGCUCCACCGACAAAAUUACCCCGAGGAGUUGGAUUUAAAGUUGGUAGUGAUGCUGGAAUUACACAUUUUGUGCUUCAGAUUCACUAUGGAGAUAUUGCAGCAUUUCGGGAUAACCACAAGGACUGUUCAGGAGUUUCUCUUAGAAUGACAUCUAAACCACAGCCUUUGAUUGCUGGCAUGUAUCUCCUCAUGUCUGUGGAUACGGUUAUACCACCAGGGAAAAACGUUGUUAAUGCUGACAUUGCCUGCAUGUACAGGAAGUAUCCAAUUUACCCUUUUGCAUUCCGAACGCACACACAUCGUUUAGGUAAAGUGGUAAGUGGAUACAGAGUACGAGAUGGGAAGUGGACUUUAAUUGGCAGACAGAGUCCUCAAUUACCCCAGGCAUUCUACCCAGUAAGCAGUGCUGUUGAUAUCAGAUAUGGAGACACAGUAGCUGCUAGAUGUGUCUUUACAGGGGAGGGAAAGACAAGUACUACAUACAUUGGGAGCACUUCAGCAGAUGAAAUGUGCAAUUUCUAUAUCAUGUAUUACAUGGAUGCAAAACAAGCUAUUCCAUACAUGAGCUGCAUGCAAGGUGGUAACAAUGACAUGUUCAGAAAUAUUCCUGAAGAGGCUAACAUUCCAAUUCCGGUCAGCCCUGAGGAGAUGAUGAUGAUGAUGCAUGGACAUGGACCUCACACAGAUCCUAAAGUUGUAAAGGAAGAUUCUGUUCUACAGCAGCCCAAAAGGGAAGAGGAGGAGGUCCUAGACCAGGGUGACUUCUAUUCCCUUCUUUCCAAACUGCUAGGAGAAAGGGAGGAUGUGGUCCAUGUGCAUAAAUAUAACCCUACAGAGAGGGCAGAGUCGGACCUGGUGGCAGAAAUUGAUAAAAUAGUCCAAAAGAAGGAUCUAGGUUGGCCUGAUCAAAGAGAGAUAGCCGAAUACGAGGAGAGGGCAAAUCCAAUUCUUAUAAGAGACAGAAUUCACAAAUUCCACAAACUAGAGUCAACUGUAAGACCUCCUGGAAACAGGAUUUUGACAACCAAACCAACCACAUCUGUUGGGGCUAGCAUGGGGAAUGUCCGCAAAUCAGGUUAUCAUUUGGAGGAAAUGACAAACUGGCCCGGGGCAGAUCUCCAGCUUGGGCAGGUUUCUGGAUUGGCUCUUGAUUCUAAUAAUAACCUAGUUAUUUUCCACCGGGGAGACCACAAGUGGGGUGUAAAUUCAUUUGACAACCAGCGCAUCUACCAGCAGCAAGGAUCUGGUCCUAUUCAGCAAUCUACAAUCCUAUUGGUGAACCCAGUUAAAGGAAAGGUCCUGGGUUCUUCAGGAAGAAAUCUUUUCUACAUGCCUCAUGGUAUAAGCACAGACACAAAUGAUAACUACUGGGUCACUGAUGUGGCACUUCAUCAGGUGUUUAAACUGGGUAAAAACAGGGAAGAAAAACCCCUGUUGGUCUUAGGACAAGCCUUCCAACCUGGAAGUGACACACGUCAUUUUUGCCAACCUACAGAUGUGGCCGUGGAUCCUGUUUCUGGCAACUUCUAUGUAUCAGAUGGCUACUGCAAUUCCAGAAUCAUGAAGUUCUCACCAGAGGGGAAGUACAUAAUGCAGUGGGGAGCAGGAUCUGCACACAUGCACAGGCCAAUCCAAUUUAAUGUUCCUCACAGUUUAGCUUUUGUGCCGGACCGAAGAGAGCUCUGUGUGGCUGACAGAGAAAAUGGUCGAAUUCAGUGUUUCAUCGCAGAAUCUGGAGAAUUUGUCAAGGAGAUUAAGCACAAUGAAUUUGGAGGAGAAGUCUUUGCUGUCUCUUAUGUACCUGAGCAUGGUGGCUUAAUGUAUACAGUAAAUGGAGAGUCAAUAUAUGGUCAGCUAGCUCCUUUACAAGGAUUUAUGAUGAAUUACUCAAGUGGUGAAAUUUUAGAUACCUUUAGCCCAGACUCGCAGGACUUCCGAAUGCCGCAUGACAUUGUUGUUACCACAGAUGGAACCGUUUAUGUUGGAGACGCAACCACUGACACAGUAUUGAAAUUCGUCUCUUCAGAAAAAGCUGAACAUCGCUCAGUAAAAAAGGAUGGGAUAGAAGUUCACGAAAUAGAAGAAACAGAAACCAUUAUUCAAGCAAAACUAAAACCCCAACCCAAAGCACAAGAAUUACCAAAUGAAAUCCCCCAAGAAGUGAAGAAAAAAAACCUUGUGAAGCCGGCCACUCCGGGAGUUUCACCAGCUAUUAUCACCACCCUGCUGCUAAUUCCUCUUGUUGUUCUAAUAUCCAUUGCUGCUUUCAUACGAUGGAGAAAAACUAGGAUGUAUGGAGAAGGUACUGAAAAAUUGGAAUCCAGUUCAUCUGGGGGAAUCUUAGGAAAACUUAGAGGGAAAGGCAGCGGUGGCCUUAAUCUAGGGAACUUCUUCGCAAGUCACAAAGGCUACAGCAGGAAAGGAUUCGACAGGCUGAGCACAGAAGGAAGUGAUCACGAGAAGGAUGAUGAAGAAGCCACAGACUCAGAAACAGAAGAGUACUCUGCCCCUCAGCCUCCAGUCUCCUCAUCUUCCUGAAACUGAAUUGCAACACCGAAACUCUGAACAACGCCGACUUCCCUAUUGCUCAUGUGUUCAGGAUGUGUAUUUAAUAGUAACUGUAACUGCAUUGGCUGCCAAUAAUUUAUUUGUUUGCGUAAAAUUCCACUUCUGACUGUCAUUCUGUUCAGUUUUGUCAUAUAAAUGGUACCAGAUUCAAAAUGCUGGUAGUGCAAAGGUGAAUCAUCAGAAAUCUUUUUAGUUUUUUGUUUGUAGUGUUUUAUUUUUACUACUUUUUUGCAAUAGCUUCUUCCAGCAUUAACCAGCCAAACAACAUGUUUCUGUUUUCAUUUGUGGGACUUGUGGUUGAGAGAAUUCUUAUCUGUACAUUUGUGCCUUUUCAAUUAAGUAUUUAGCCUUCAGCAGUACGGAAAAACAACGUGUGCCACAUAAAAAGACAGAGCUGCUGAGUUUUGUCUUCUAUUUUUUCCAUGUUAUCUCAUUAAUCGAAAGGAAAAGGGUAAUAAAAUGUAUUCUGUAUUUAAAAUUGUAUUUACUAAAUUUCCUAUUUGAUGUAGUGCUGAGAUGGGUCUGAUAUUUAUUGUCAAAUACUGAGGUUAUACUAUCAGAACACUAUUUUCAGUAACAAUGUAAUUUGUGUAAUAAAGUGUCUGUAAAGCAUA